GUAAGAAGGAAGCCAACAAAACUCAAACCAACCUCCUUCCUCUCACCCAUCCCAUCAUAACCACCGUUUUUCCCAAAUUCCAAGCUCCUCUCUGUGAAUUCUCUUUUCCACGAAAACGAAUUCCACUGUUUGGGUAUAUUGAUAUUUUUCCUGUGUCUGUCUGGAAAGGGAUCGUUCUUGUAGUUAUUUUAUUCCCACUCAUCUGUUUCUCAGUGGUUCUGAUUAAAAGUUGCAAACUUGCGUAGUGGGAGGCACAGUUAGAGUAGCGUGAGUUCUGGGUUUCCUGCAGAGGGCGUGGGAGGAAUAUCUUGCUUUCUUUCAUGGGAAUUUGAAGCAAUUCCAACACUCCCUAAUUCAACUUACCGAUCCGUAAUCCCAGGCUAUUGCAUUUUUGUUUCUGGAAGAUAUAAAUGGCUACACUUGGAGAUUUAGGGGUUGGAGCAGCCAUCAAUAUUCUUAGCGCAUUCCUUUUCUUUGUAGUAUUUGCCAUUCUUAGGCUUCAACCCUUCAAUGAUAGGGUGUACUUUCCAAAAUGGUAUUUUAAGGGACUAAGGGAGAGUCCCACACAUUCUGGUGCAUUUGUGCGCAAGUUUGUCAAUCUGGACUUUAGGUCAUACAUAAGGUUUUUGAACUGGAUGCCAGCUGCAUUGAAGAUGCCAGAACCGGAGCUUAUUGAUCAUGCAGGAUUGGAUUCUGCAGUGUACUUACGGAUAUAUUUGAUAGGGCUUAAAAUCUUUGUUCCUAUAGCAUUCCUUGCAUGGGCUGUUUUGGUACCAGUCAACUGGACAAAUAGCACUUUGGAUCUAGCAAAGCUAGCCAAUGUUACUUCCAGUGACAUUGAUAAGCUCUCAAUUUCAAAUGUCCCAGAUAAAUCACAAAGAUUCUGGAGUCAUAUAGUGAUGGCUUAUAUCUUUACCUUUUGGACAUGCUAUGUGCUGCUGAAGGAGUAUGAGACUGUUGCCAAAAUGCGGUUGCAUUUUCUUGCAACAGAGCAGCGCCGACCAGAUCAAUUUACGGUCCUUGUUAGAAAUGUUCCACCAGACGCAGACGAAUCUACAAGUGAGCUUGUGGAGCACUUUUUUCUGGUCAACCAUCCAGAUCACUAUCUUACACAUCAGGUGGUAUACAAUGCCAAUAAACUUGCGAAGUUGGUAAAGAAGAAGAAAAAGAUGCAGAACUGGCUUGUCUACUAUCGGAAUAAAGUUUCUAGAAGUAAAAAUUCAGCAAGGCCCUUAAUGAAGACUGGUUUUCUUGGGCUUUGGGGAAAUAAAGUUGAUGCAAUUGAAUAUUAUGAAACUGAGAUUGAGAAAUUGUCAAAUGAUAUAGCUGAAGAAAAGGAGAGGGUUGCAAAUGAUUCCAAGUCUAUCAUGCCAGCUGCCUUUGUUUCCUUUAAAACUCGAUGGGGUGCUGCUGUUUGUGCACAAACUCAACAAUCCAGAGAUCCAACUAUUUGGUUAACCGAAUGGGCUCCAGAGCCACGUGAUGUAUAUUGGCCAAACCUGGCAAUUCCAUAUGUUUCACUCUCAGUUAAGAGGCUAAUUAUGGGUGUUGCAUUCUUUUUUCUCACCUUCUUUUUCAUGAUCCCGAUUGCAUUUGUACAAUCUUUUGCAAGCCUUGAGGGAAUCGAGAAAGCAGCUCCAUUCCUAAAACCCAUUGUAGAAAUGAAGUUCAUUAAGUCAGUCGUUGCAGGUUUUCUACCUGGGAUUGCACUGAAGUUGUUUCUAAUCUUUCUGCCAACCAUAUUGAUGAUCAUGGCUAAAUUUGAGGGCUUUACAUCUAAGUCUUCCCUUGAAAGGAGAGCCGCAUCUAGAUACUAUCUCUUCAUUUUUGUGAAUGUAUUCCUUGGGAGCAUUGUUAUUGGAACAGCGUUUGAACAGCUAAAUUCUUUCAUUCACCAAUCAGCAACUGAGAUUCCAAAAACAAUUGGUGUUGCAAUCCCAAUGAAAGCAACUUUCUUUAUGACAUAUAUAAUGGUUGAUGGAUGGGCUGGUAUAGCUGCAGAGAUUUUGAUGUUGAAACCACUGAUAAUAUUCCAUUUGAAGAAUUUCUUCCUGGUUAAGACUGAUAAGGAUAGGGAGGAGGCAAUGGAUCCAGGAAGUAUUGGUUUCAACACUGGAGAGCCUCGUAUACAGUUCUAUUUCUUACUAGGCCUUGUGUAUGCUACAGUGACACCAGCCUUACUUCCGUUCAUAAUUAUCUUCUUUGGCCUGGCUUAUGUUGUUUUCCGUCAUCAGAUCAUAAAUGUUUAUAACCAGGAGUAUGAAAGCGCUGCAGCAUUCUGGCCUGAUGUCCAUGGUCGUGUUGUCUCUGCAUUGAUUAUCUCACAACUCCUCCUUUUUGGAUUGUUGAGUACAAAAAGAGCUGCUCUGUCAACACCGUUUCUCAUUGCACUUCCAGUGCUGACCAUAUGGUUCUAUAGGUAUUGCAAAGGUCGUUUCGAACCUGCAUUUGUGACAUAUCCAUUACAGGAAGCAAUGAUGAAAGAUACUCUGGAACGUGCAAAAGAACCAAACUUGAAUUUGAAAGGCUAUCUUCAGAGCGCAUAUGUCCAUCCAGUUUUUAGAGAUUGUGAUGACGAUGAAGACAAUGAGUCGAUUGACAAGGGUGAAAAUGAGAGCGUGAUUGUGCCCACAAAACGGCAUUCUCGGAGGAAUACCCCAGUACCUAGCAGAAUGACAGGUGGAUCCUCACCAUCUCUGCCUGAUGUUGUUGAAGCCUAUGCACAACCUUAAAUUGCAAGUCGGAAAAUUAUAUUUUAGGUGUAAAUUUACAAUGUUGCACAAGUGGAAGAUUAAAUGAGCCAAUAGUGAGGCAUAUGGGGAGGCCAGAGAGAGAGAGAGAAGAGAGCUGAGCAUAGGCUCUGGUGAGCCAUGCCAGCAUGAGUUUUGGUUAUUCAUUGUCCGAAGGAAGAAGCAAACCAGAAGAGGAUGAAAAGGGCAAUGGAAUUGUGUAAUUAUGUGAUUUUGAACAGCUUCCUUUUCUUAUCUUUUUGUUUCUGUUGACAAAUCGUGUAAUUAUGCAAGGAAUUCUGAUUUUGAAUUGGUUUGUAAAUCGACGGAUCUACUUAAAAAGCAUAAUACAGUGAACCUUGUCCUCCUUACCAUUGUA